CAACAGACCAAGCUCCUCUGCAUGCCCUUGAAGAUUCACAACGCCGGUGAGCAGCACUAAAGAGUAGUGAGCCUCCUCCUGCUCCAUCCAUCCGAAACACCGGCCGGCCGGCCAUGGGAAGCAUCGGAACCACCAACGGCAACGGGAUCGGGCACGGUAGCGCUGCGAUGGCGGCGCCGGCGUGGCGGCAGCACGCGCACGCGGAAGGCCCCGCGGCCAUCCUCGGCAUCGGCACGGCGAACCCCACCGGCGUCGAGAUUCCCCAGGACAUCUUCGCCGAGAACCUCUUCCGCGUCACCAAGAGCGACCACCUCACUCACCUCCAGCACAAGCUUACCAGAAUCUGCGAGAAGACGGGCAUCGACAAGCGGCACUUCCACCUGACGGAGGAGACGCUGGUGGCGCACCCGGAGCUGUACGACCACGAGGCGCCGUCGCUGGACAACCGCAUCGCCAUGACCGUCGACGCCGUGCCCAAGCUGGCGCAGCGCGCGGCGGACAAGGCCAUCGCCGACUGGGGCCGCCCGGCGAGCGACAUCACCCACCUCGUCUUCAGCACCUACUCCGCCUGGGGCGCCCCGAGCGCCGACCUGCGGCUGGCCACGCUGCUCGGCCUCCGCCCCACGGUCUCCCGCACCAUCCUCAGCCUCCACGGCUGCUACGGCGGCGGCAGGGCGCUGAACCUCGCCAGGGAGCUCGCCGAGAACAACCGCGGUGCGCGCGUCCUCGUGGCCUGCGCCGAGAUCACGCUCGUCUGCUUCGGCGGGCCCGACGGCGGCAACCUCGUCGGCCACGCGCUAUUCGGGGACGGCGCCGGCGCGGUUAUCGUCGGCGCCGGGCCCUUCCGGGACGGCGAGCAGAGCCCCAUCUUCGAGAUGGUCCACGCCACGCAGACCACGCUGCCCAAGACCGAGCACGCGCUCGGCAUGCAGGUCUCCGGCAGCGGCGUCGACUUCCACCUCGCCAUCCAGGUGCCGACGCUCAUCGGCCAGAACGUGGAGCGCUGCCUCCUCCACGCGUUCCGCGGCGGAGACGACGACGACGGCGACGGUGGUGCUGCUCGUCUGCCGUGUCCAUUAUCCGGGAACGGGAAGUGGAACGACCUCUUCUGGGCGGUACACCCGGGCGGCCGUCCGAUCCUGGACAACAUAGACAAGGUGCUGGAGCUCGAGCCGGAGAAGCUGGCGGCCAGCCGGCACGUGCUCCGGGAGUACGGCAACAUGAGCGGCGCCACCAUUGUGUUCGUGCUCGACGAGCUGCGCCGGCGCCGGAGCAUGCUGCCGGAGUGGGGCGCCAUGCUGGCCUUCGGACCCGGAGUCACAAUCGAGACCAUGGUGCUCCGCUGUCCACGCUAGCUCGCUCGCUCGCUCAUCCAUGCCGUCCUUCCCUUCCUCAAACCUACUUAAUUAUAUUAUACGUAUAUACGUACGUGUUUGUGUGUGCGCGUAUCAAACUAAAUGGACACGUAUAUACGUACGUCACUCCAAUCAAAUUAAGGCCGCAAACGGCCAUGUCGAUCGACCCACUGAGCUUUCAGUCCAUGUCCCUUAUUUACGAAAAGCUAGCAAAGUAAUCAUAUAUAUAUGUAGUACCCGGGUGUAAUAUGAUUCAAAAGAAAAACUGUGUUCGGAUGUAAUAAAAUGUAAAUUUAAUUUCCUA